UUAAAAAUGGGUGAUGUUGAGAAAGGCAAGAAGAUUUUUGUUCGGAAAUGUGCCCAGUGCCACACUGUGGAAAAGGGAGGCAAGCAAAAGACUGGACCAAAUCUCCAUGGUCUGUUUGGGCGGAAGACAGGUCAGGCCAUUGGAUUCUCCUACACAGACACCUACAAGAACAAAGGCAACACCUGGGGAGAGGACAUUCUGAUGGAGUAUUUGGAGAAGCCCAAGAAAUACAUCCCUGGAACCAAAAUGACCUUAGCUGGCAUUAAGAAGAAGAAUGAAAGGGCAGACUUGAUAGCUUAUCUCAAAAAAGCUACGAAUGAGUAA